AUCAUCUACUAUUUUAUAUUAUUUAUUAUAUUUAUCUAUAUAUGAAAUCGUGACGUGCAACCGUGCAAGUGUUUUACCGUUUUUGAAAAUGGUAUAGAAGCUUGUUAUGUAUCUACGUGCUUGUAUAUCGCUAAAGAAUUCUUUAUUAGCAAUAUACUGUUCCUGUACCUGUCCUCUACGUGCACAUUGCAUAUAGCUAAUUGCCUAGUUCUAGCUGUGAAAGUAGAUGCCUUCAAUUUGUUGAUUUCCAUUUGCUAUUGUAAAUUCGUUUAUUAGCUAUGGAAGUUAAGGUUGAAGUUAAAAAAGAGGUUCCUGAAUAUUCUCUAUCGACAUCAGUAGGUCUUGAAGACUUAAAAAAUGAACCAGAGGAUGGUUAUGGUCAUCCAGCUUUGGAAGUUAAAGUUGAAAAGGAGAAAGAGUUUGCAGAUGACCAAAAAUAUAUAGAGAAUCAUCUAUCCACAUCAGUGGAUCUUCAAGACUUAAAAGAUGAACCAGAGGAAAAUCAACCAGGUUGCUUACAGAAUAAGAACAAAAUGAAUAUUAUGAAAACACCUGAACAUUCAUUUCGUAAAGAAGAUUUGGAUAGAUAUGUUGAAGAAAAAACAUUAAAUAAAAAUAUGAAAGUUCAAACUGGGAAAGGAACUUACACGUGUGCAAUUUGUUUAAAACAAUUUUCUCAGGGAUUUAAUCUGAAAAUACAUUCGAGAACACAUACUGGAGAAAUGCCUUACAAGUGUGAUAUUUGCUUUAAACAAUUUACUGUCGCAAGAAAUUUGAAAUCUCAUUUGAGAAGACACACUGGAGAAACACCUUACAAGUGUGAUAUUUGCUUUAGACAAUUUGCUGAAGCGCAUCAUUUGAAAUCACAUUUGAUGACUCACACGGGAGAAAAGCCUUACAAGUGUGAUAUUUGCUUGAAACAGUUCGUUCAAGCAACUAAUUUGAAAUUACAUUUGAGAACUCACACUGGCGAAAAACCUUACAAGUGUGAUAUUUGUUUAAAACAAUUUGCUAAGCGAUUUAAUCUUAAAAUACAUUCGGGAGUACAUGCUGAAGAAAAACCCCACAAAUGUGAAAUUUGUUUAAAGCAGUUCACUCAAGCCGGUAAUUUGAAAUCACAUUUGAUGACUCACACAGGAGAAAUGCCUUACAAGUGUGAUCUUUGUUUUAAACAGUUUACUGCAGCAUAUAAAUUGAAAUCACAUUUGAUCACUCACACAGGAGAAAAGCCUUACAAGUGUGAUAUUUGCUUGAAACAGUUCGUUGAAGCAUAUAGUUUGAAAUUACAUUUGAGAACUCACACUGGCGAAAAACCUUACAAGUGUCAUAUUUGUUUAAAACAAUUUGCUCAGAGAGUUAAUCUUAACAUACAUUCGGGAAUACAUGCUGAAGAAAAACCCCACAAAUGUGAAAUUUGUUUAAAGCAGUUUACUCAAGCCAGUAAUUUGAAAUCACAUUUGAUGACUCACACUGGAGAAAAGCCUUAUAAGUGUGAUAUUUGUUUUAAGCAAUUUAGUCAAGCCCAUAAUUUGAAAUCACAUUUGAAAAGACACCCUAUAGAAACAGCUCUAUAAGUGUGAUAUUUGUUUUAGCAUCAUAUACGAUUUUAAUAUUAACAUUUUAAGAUCACCAAAAAGAUGGAUCGACGACAUUAAAGAAGAGGCAGGGAGAAACUGGCACCACAUAGCUCAAGCCAGGUGAACAUGGAAAGCACAAGGUGGACCGAUGUCCAAAUGUAGUCCACAAC